AUGCUCGCCGCAAGCCGCUCUCCGCUCGCCUUCGUCUUCGUGGCGCUGGCCUUUCUGGCUGCCACCUGCCUCGGCUCGCCGACGGUCGCCGGCCUGGCGGACCGCAACGGCGUCUCGAAGCGCGACUUUGGCCCCGUGACGAUCUACACGCCGCCGUCCAACUACCAGCGCGAGCGCUCCCUCUACGCCCGCCACGUCAUGCUCAACGACAGCAUCGGCACCAUCCUCGCCACGUGGGAGAACUACUCGCCGGCCGGCUCGCCGCCGUGGUUCCCCAUCUACCGCUCGACGGACCACGGCUACACCUGGUCGCAGCUCAGCACCGUGCGCGACACGGUCAACGGCUGGGGCCUGCGCUACCAGCCCGAGCUGUACCAGCUCAAGAACGCCGUCGGCUCGUGGCCCAAGGGCACCGUGCUCUGCGCCGGCAACUCGAUCCCCGACGACCUGAGCCAGACGAAGCUCGACAUCUACGCCUCCAAGGACGCCGGCGCCACCUGGACCUUCGUCUCGUCCGUCGCCCGCGGCGGCCGCGCCUACCCCGACAACGGCGAGACGCCCGUCUGGGAGCCGUUCUUUAUGGAGUACAACGGCCAGCUCGUCAUGUACUACUCGGACCAGCGCGACAGCGCCUACGGGCAGAAGAUUGUGCACCAAGUCUCGUCGGACCUGCGCAACUGGGGCUCCGUCGUCAACGACGUCGCUGUGUCGCCGUACAGCGCACGUCCGGGCAUGCCGACGAUUGCCAAGCUGCCCAACGGCCAGUACAUCAUGACGUACGAGUACGGCGGCGCCUCCGAGGCCAACUUUGCAAUCUACUACAAGCUCAGCUCCAACCCGCUCAACUUCGGCAGCGCCUCGGGCCGUGUGCUGCGCACCACGGAUGGCGCCGUAUUCACGAGCUCGCCGUACGUCGUCUGGACGCCUGCCGGCAGCGCCAGUGGAACGAGCAACGGCGCCAUCGUCGUCUCGGCGAUGAGCUCGACAGAUCUCUUCGUCAACCGCGCGCUUGGCGACCCGUCGAAGUGGACGCGCCUCAGCGCACCGGGCACGGCUGGUGCCUACUCGCGCUCCCUCUCCGUCGGCUUCCUGCCCAAGGACAUCGUCAUCACGGACGGCGGCUACCUCAAUGCGGGCAGCAGCAACAAGGUGACGUUUGCGGCCCGCGACGUCAACGGCUGCAACACGUGCUAG